AUGGCCGCCGACUCUGCGACUCGAUUGCGCCGUGCAGCAUCAGAUGAGGACCAGUUUGAACCAAAAAAACCUGGUCUUUCCGUCUAUCAAUAUUUGCUAAUGGUAUUUGACAUUAAAGACUUCACCGACAUCGCUCAGCAGUUCGUUCAGUUCUACUACCAGACUUUUGACGCGAACCGCCAGGGCCUGGCCCCUCUCUACCGUGACCACUCUAUGCUCACCUUCGAGAACAGCUCUGUUCAGGGUGCCGGCGCUAUCACUGAGAAGCUGGGUGACCUCCUUCAACAGAGCUUGCCCUUCCAGAAGGUGCAGCACCAGAUCGCCACUUUUGAUGCCCAGCCCUCUAGCGAGAACGGCAUCAUUGUCCUCGUAACCGGCGCUCUCCUGGUCGAUGAGGAGCAGAAGCCCAUGAACUACACCCAGCUCUUCAAGCUGCAGCCCGACGGUGCCGGUAGCUACUUCGUGCUGAACGACGUCUUCCGCCUGAUCUACGCUGCCGCGUAA